GCGAAAGCCAAUGUGAACUGGUCCAUCUUACCAUCUACUAUCUUACUAUCUAGGAGGAUCCAGCGCCCGGGCACAUUGGCCGCCUGGCCUCGAUAGUCCAGCGUCGAGUCGAACGCAUGGUCCUAGAGUGGAGAUAUGCAUACCAUUCGUGCUUGGCCUAGUUAGUCGGGAUGACUGACUCUGGCUCCCCUCGGGUACAAAGAUCGUCCCCGCAAUCCACAUGGCAGUCAAAUCCUGGGCUCAAGGCCGGAUAUGUAGAUAAACCCAAUAAUUACAAUACAAUUGCACAUUUUCAGAGCUUCGUAUCUUCAUCCCCAUUCUCUGCUCACUACUACCUUGACGUCGUGUUGUUCUCAAUUGCAGUUUCCCCUGCGCGUUGCUCCUCGACCAGAUCAACCUCCUAACCCCUUCAAGAUGCCCGUUAAAUCAAAAUGGUCAAUUGACAUUCCCCAGGUCUCCCUCCCAACCUACCUCUUCGGUUCCCCCGAUGGCCCUCUGCCCACCACCCCCACGCUCAUCUCCACCGUCAAGCCCGACACCGUCUACCUUUCCCUCCACACAUACCGACAAUGGUCGAAGCGCCUCGCCGCCGGCCUGCAAGCCGCCGGCUUCCAGCCGGGUGACCGCCUGCUGCUGUUCUCGGGGAACACGUUGUUCUUCCCCGUUGUGAUUCAAGGGGCCAUCAUGGCCGGGGGAAUCUUCACCGGCGCGAACCCCACGUACGUGGCGCGCGAGCUGGCAUAUCAGCUACGGGACUCGGGAGCCAAGUUCCUGAUCUCGGCCGAGGGGAGUCUGGAUACUGCGCUGGAGGCCGCCAAGGAGGUGGGCUUGGACCAGUCGCAUAUUUUCGCGUUCGACGAUGGGUUCGCUACGUUCGAGGGACGGGGAAAAGGUGUCGGCAACAUCAAGAACUGGACCUCGCUGCUCGCGUCGGAAGCCGAGGGGGAGCGAUUCAAAUGGGAGGAGGCGACCACGAAAGAGCAGUUGGAUCGCACCAUUGCGCUGAACUACAGUUCCGGAACCACGGGGGUGCCGAAGGGCGUCAUGAUCACACACACGAAUUACAUUGCGAACACGGCGCAGAUGGCGCACUUGGGCCGGUUGACGGCUGAUUCGGAGGAGAAGGAGAAGCGGACGCGGCUGCUGUGCUUCCUUCCCAUGUACCACGCCAUGGCGCAGACCAUCUUCGGCGUGGGUGCGGCCAAGCGGGGGAUCCCCGUCUAUCUGAUGCCCAAGUUCGAUUUCCUGGACAUGUUGGCGUGCGUGCAGAAGUUCCGAAUCACGGAUCUGACGCUGGUGCCGCCGGUUGUAGUGGCGAUGUCGAAGCAUCCGGCCACGAAGCAGUUUGACCUGAGCAGUGUGGAGCGGGUCGGAUCUGGUGCGGCGCCUUUGGGCCGGGACGUGUGCUCCGAACUGGAGAAGCUGUGGCCCGCGGGGAAAAUCAAUGUCAAGCAAGGUUGGGGCAUGACUGAGGCAACUUGCUCCAUCUUGGGGUGGCACCCGGAUGAGAUCUCCGAGUCGUUCUCCGUCGGCGAACCGAACGCGAACUGCGCGGUCAAAAUCGUCGACGAGAAUGGGAAGGAGGUCGCCCAGGGCGAACGAGGCGAGCUCUGGUGCACCGCGCCGAAUAUCAUGAAGGGAUACUGGAACAAGCCGGAGGCGACUAAGGAAACCUUGACUCCAGACGGGUGGUUGAAGACCGGUGAUAUUGCCUAUAUGGAUAAGGACGGGAAGUUCUUCAUCGUCGAUCGAAUGAAGGAACUCAUUAAAGUCAAAGGCCUCCAAGUCGCCCCGGCAGAACUUGAAGCCUUGCUCUUAGAGCAUCCUGAUGUUGCAGAUGCGGCGGUCAUUGGUGUCACAGUGAACGGAGAAGAGUACCCCAGGGCUUACAUCAUCCCGCAAGUUGGCUCGAAGCCCACGGAACAGGAUAUCCACAAGUUCAUGGAGCCGAGGGUCUCAAGAGCCAAGAGGUUGGUUGGCGGUGUGAGGUUUGUCGACGAAAUCCCGAAGAAUCCGUCGGGAAAGAUCCUCCGGAAAUUGUUGCGGGAGCAGGCGAAAGCGGAGGGAGAAGCCCCAGCGGCAAAGCUGUAAAUUUUGGUCCAUAUCUUAGCAUCUCUUCGUAUGUCUGCAUGUCGACUGGGAGCCACAGGUUGAUUUGGUCCGUCAAUUAGAUCCGGUUGGGAGAAAUUCAUACGGCCGUUUCAAUAAAACAUAAUUCGCUUUGCCAUGCCGGUAAAUUCUAGGGAUUACCAAUAGCCAUGUCAAUUGAUCAUGGUUGGGAGUAUCUUUUUGAGGCCAAGCUGACCCAGUACCGUAUAUCCAUCCCUCCACGGCGGCGAACAGAAAUCGUAACGGCCCAAUAUUGUACAGUAAUUGCGUUAGUUACUUCUCGCGCCCCCUUUCUCCUUCCUGAGCUCGUCCAUCUUCGCAACCCGCUUCU